CGGGAACAGUUAUAAAAACAGACGGAGAAAAAGUGCGCGAAGAUGCUAACACUUUAGUUAGCAAAACAAACAAACCUCACUUACAAAUAUUAUUUAUUCUCAUAACAAUCCGUAAUCCAAUGACAGCUCAAGAUGAUAUACAAUCUAAUGAAAAGGAUUCGGCCUCGGAUACAAAUAAAUGCCAUUUAUUGUUUAAGAUGUGCUGCGAAGACGAUUACGUUCUUAUUCUGGGCGACUCUGUAUGUUGUCGUCAUGAAAAUGACGAUACUCAAGAACAGCGAAAACACCCCAGCCAAGGAUUGGUCUGUUACUCCUGACAACUACACUAAGUGGCUGCUACACGGCCCAGUACUGGGUGAAGCUGAAGAAGAAGUGACACACGACGAAUGGAAGGAACCCGACAAUGCCACUCUUAUGGAACUCGAGAAUCGUGCUUUAAGAGUUCAAGAAACAUGCCACCGGCAUUCACUUCAAACACAACCGAUAAAUAGUAAAGAGUUCUUUGUUGAUCACGCACACAAUCUUGUCUGGUGCAAUAUAUUUAAAGCCGCUAGUUCGUCAUGGUUGUACAAGUUUAAUAUCAUGGGUGGAUACGAUAAGAAAUUCUUGGCAAGAAGUAGGUACGCUCCAUUGACGCUGGCGAGAAGAAAGUUUCCUAGGCCAACUGAAGAAGAGCUUCGAGAUAGUAUUGAUACUCCGGGCGUUAUAUCAUUUUUGAUUGUUCGAGAACCUUUUGUGAGACUGUUAUCAGCAUACAGAGAUAAACUGGAGCACAUUUCUCCACCUUUUUAUAGAAAAUUAGCUCAAACAAUCGUUGCCAAACACAGAGAGGCAGCUACCAAAGCAUUAGGUACAAUAAAAAGUUCUGGACCAACAUUUUAUGAAUUCGUAGCGUACUUAGUCGCAAGACAUAAGACAAAUAUGCUUAAUUUCAACGAGCACUGGGCACCGUACUAUCAAUUUUGCUCACCGUGCGCUCUCAACUUCAGCGUUAUCGCUAAAGUAGAAACAUUGUCAAGAGAUUCAGCGUUUGUGAUUCAACAGUUAGGCCUCGGACACCUGUUGGGGCGCCGGGUCAAGGAUCGUAGAACUCGGCUAAGGACAGUAAUGAACAAAUCGCGAGACGGGAAAAACACAUCUGCAUUACUAAAAUAUUACUUUGGACAAAUUGAUAAAACUAUGCUUAAAGAUUUAUUACAAAUUUAUGGUAUCGACUUUGAGAUGUUUGGUUACGAUUCUAAUGUUUAUAGCCACUAUGUAAGAUAAAGUAUAAUUAUUAAUAAAA